AUGAAUGCUAAAACCUUCUCUCAUUAUUUUAAACAAAUCGAUUUAUUCACUAAACCUGUUCAACUGCUAAUUAAAAAAGAGGAAGGUCAUAAGACACAUAUAGGCGCUGCACUCUCGAUGAUUGUUCUGGUUGUGAUGUCUAUUUUUUUUGUGAAUAGCAUAGUUGUGUAUGCGGAUCGUUCAAAACCUGUCACAUUAACAACAGAAGUAUAUCAUGCAGAACCAAAUUUGUAUGAGUUGAGACCCGAAAAUUUUACUUUGCAGUUUGGCUUUUAAGAUUCUUCCUUUGCCACUUAUAUAGAUGAAUCGAUAUAUUUUGUCGAACCUCUGCUUGUGAGCAAAUCUGUAGAAAUGUAUGAAAUCAUUCUCAUUUUAGAAUUAAUGGUACUUAGCAAACUCAAUACAAUUAUGCUGACUUACCUCUUGUCUAGUGUUCGAAAGAUAUAAUAAAAUAAGAUUCAUUAGCUGAAUAUUUUUCACAUUUUGAUCUUUCUACAAAUUAUUGCAUAGAUUGGAAUAAAAUCGAUAAGAUUAAUAUGCAAGGUACUUUUGAUGCUGAGAAUUAUCAAUACAUAUUGUUAAAAUUUAAAAUGUGUACUGAAGAGAACAAAAAGAAAAGUAUAGUCAUCAAUAUCUUAGAUGUUCCUAAAUGCAAGAGCAGAGAGGAAAUAAUGAAAAAGUUGACUCAUAAUUAUUUAUCUUUGCAACUCUCUUCUUACUAUGUAGAUCUGUAAACUCCUUAGAAUCCCUACAUCCCCAAAGGUGAAGACUUGUUUACUACAAUAUCCAGUAAAAUUUUCAAAGAAAUUACAAUCUAUCUAUAGCCAGUCACGACUUAUACAGAUUCAGGCAACUUCUUCUAAGAUUUUCAUUAAGAUACAACAGUCAAAUAUAUGCAUCACACUGAGAUGAUUGAUUUUAAUGAGGAAGACUUAUUAGCAAAUGUUGCAAUUAGAUUGCACACAAUAGAAUAAGUUAACUAUAGACAGUAUUCAAGAAUUUAAACUCUGUUAGCUGAAUUAGGAGGAUUAUGGAAUGUCUUAUUCACAAUAGCUAUGCUAAUUUAGGUACCUUUUAGUACAAUAUCAUACAAACUGUAAAUUAUUAACUCCUUAUUCAACUUUGAUGGACAAGAGGAGACUAUUAAUGAUGACUAAGAUAAUUAUUUGCUUGAAUAGCAAGAUGCUCCCAUUAUAAAUAGCAAAUAAUCAAGCAAGAUAUAUGUAGAGAAUAUUCAAAGAAAUACUUUAAAUGAUAACUAAUAAACAAAUAGAAAAUUAAUCUCGCCUAUUAAAUAAAAUACUCCUCUCAAAAAGUCAAAAUUCUAGAGAUAAGAUUCUUUUCGAUCCUCAAUAAAAUCAUCAUAUAAGGUCUAGCAAAAAUUACAAGAACUAAAUCAACAAUGUAUGAAAAUAUAAAAUGCUGCCACUUUAGAAGAGGAUAUUAAAGUUAAAACAAUAGACAAAUUGAAUCAGUAAGUCAAAGGGUUCUUUUAGACUGUCUCUAAAAAACUAAAUAUCCCAUAUUAUAAAUACAUACUUAGUUCUAUGAAACUGUAUUAAGAUGAUCAAUAGGUUAAAUAAAUGAAUUUCUCAAUUAAUAGAAUGGAAAAAUCUUUCGAUAUUUUAUAUAUAAUAAAGAAAUUGCAUGAGAUCGACAAAUUGAAAAUGAUUUUAUUAACUAAAGAACAAAUAAAAUUAUUUGAUUAUCUUCCAAAACCUACUAUUGCUUCGAAUCCUGAUAAAGAACUUAAAGGACAUCAAUAUUUCUCUAUUUUAAAACCUCUUAAGAGUAAUUUUUAAAUGGCUCUCGAAGCCCAAUAAGCUUAUAAGGAAAUAUUAUUCAAAAUGCAUGAUCCCAUCAACAAGCAUUUAGUCGAUUGUAUGGAUGAAAACAUAUUAGAAUUCUUGUAAUUCUAGUUAUAUCGAAAUGAUGGCGAAUAGUAAGAUGAAGACAUACUAAAUGAUGGAACACUUUAAGUAGCUAAAUAAUAAAGAAUGAAUUCGGAAUAAAUUUUAGAUAACUUUGAUAGUGAGAGUUAAUAAAACAUUUGA